AAAAAUUUAUAUCCUUCGUCACAUAUUGCUCUCUCGUCUCUCCAUGUCUUUGCCAAUAAGAGGAUAAAGUUUUGCUGUUUCCUGGUUUCCAUUAUUUGAUAGUUUCUUGCUUACACACCCAUCUCUUUGAAUCUUCUUCACUUUGCCAUUUACAAACAUUCAUAUAGACAGUGGGAGUUAUAUAAUCAGGCAGACAUGGCCAUCAAAGAGGAUGUAGAGAGUGAUUUGCAGGAGGGCAUAACAGAUCCACUCAUGAGGGUAGAGAAGAACUUGGCUGAUGGAGGAAGCAGCAGAGGAGGGAAUCAAUGGAUGGUUUACCUCAGCACAUUUGUUGCAGUCUCUGGCUCUUAUGAAUUUGGAUGCUGUAUCGGUUAUUCGUCGCCUACCCAGUCUGCCAUCAGGGAAGAUCUCAGUCUUACAUUAGCAGAGUAUUCAGUGUUCGGCUCCAUUGUGACAUUUGGUGCAAUGAUAGGCGCUAUUACAAUUGGGCCCAUCACUGAUUUUCUUGGUCGAAAAGGGGCCUUGAGAGUGUCUUGUGCUUUCUGUGUUGCAGGUUGGCUUGCUAUUUACUUUUCCAAGGGGGCUUUGUCUUUGGACAUUGGGAGACUGGCAACUGGAUACGGAAUGGGAGCCUUUUCGUAUGUGGUACCUGUUUUCAUAGCUGAAAUUGCACCCAAAAAUCUUCGAGGAAGAUUAACUGCUAUAAAUCAGUUAAUGAUCAUUUCUGGAGUGUCCAUUUCCUUCAUAAUUGGGGUACUAGUAAGCUGGAGGGCUUUAGCAUUAAUCGGACUAGUUCCCUGUGCAGUGACCAUUUUCGGUCUCUUUUUCAUUCCCGAGUCUCCAAGAUGGUUGGCGAAAACAGGACGCCAGAGAGAGUUUGAAAUGGCACUGCAGAAACUUCGCGGCAAAGAUGCUGACAUAUCUCAUGAAGCAGCAGAAAUACAGGAUUAUAUCCUAACUCUUGACCGGCUCCCUAAAGCCAAAUUGCUGGAUUUGUUUCAAAGGAGAUACUUGCGCUCAGUCAUGAUUGCAGUUGGGUUGAUGGUCUUUCAACAAUUGGGGGGAAUCAAUGGGGUCUGUUUCUAUGUCAGCAAUAUCUUUGAACAAGCAGGAUUUUCUUCCAGUGUUGGAACUAUAACUUACGCUAUUCUUCAGGUUGUGGUUACUGCCGUUGCUGCAUCUGUAAUGGAUAAAGCUGGACGAAAGCCUCUAAUUUUGGUGUCUGCGUCAGGGUUGGUACUUGGCUCUCUCCUGACUGCGAUUUCAUUCUUUCUGAAGGUUCAUGAAUUGGCACUCACGGCAACUCCCAUACUAGCUGUAACUGGCAUACUGAUAUAUAUAGGAUCCUUCUCAAUAGGAAUGGGAGCAGUUCCUUGGAUUGUGAUGUCUGAGAUAUUCCCUAUAAAUAUUAAGGGGCAGGCUGGAAGCUUUGCAACUUUAGUGAACUGGCUUGGUGCAUGGUUGUGUUCCUACACUUUCAACUUUCUUAUGAGUUGGAGCUCCUAUGGUACCUUCAUUCUUUAUGCAGCCAUCAAUACUCUGGCUAUAUUGUUCGUGAUCUUGAUGGUACCGGAAACAAAAGGGAAAACCCUGGAACAAAUCCAAGGAGACAUUAAUAAAUAGAGAAUUGAAGGAAGAAUUAAAAAAGAAAAGAAAUGAAGAGCAUUUUUUGUGGUCAUUAGUUGUUGAAAAUUUUGACAGCACAGUGCAGCAGAUUGGUUGAUGGAAUCUUGAGAGACGCUUCCAAACCACAAAAAUAUUGUACUGCUUCUGUUUACCCCACAAAAACAUUGUCCCUAUUUCUUUUUCGUUUGUUGCAAUGACUGUUUGGCAUUGAUUGGUCUAUUUAUUUUGCUUUUGUUUUUGCCCCAUGAGAGAGCUGAGGGUAUUGCAGAAUUAGAAAGGAACAGAAGAGCAAAAAUAUCAAUGGGAUUGUUAAAAAGCUUGGA